UUUUCCAUUUGGAACCUAACUGUAGGAACAUCUCUCCUAUCUAUACCUUGGGCUAUUGGAAAGGCUGGUUUAAUUUUAGGUCCACUAUUUAUAAUAUUGGUCAAUCUUACCCUUCUCUACUCUUGCUAUUUGAUAGUGGAAGGCGCGCGACAUUUCGGUUACAAGGAUGGAUACAAAGACUUCAAUGAUCUUAUAAGACAUUUCCUUGGCCCGAUCAGUGAAAAAAUCAGCUGUGUAAUCGUUUCAAUUGUGUUAAUUGGUGUUUGUCUCAUAUUUUGGAUUUUGGCUAGUAAUUUUAUGUAUACAACAGUAUACUUUGUACGAGGUAUGAGCACUCUACCAGUAACUUUAUAUAGCAUUGGUAUUGAUAUUGCUCAUAAGGCAGAAGUUGUAUGCCCUGUAAUCGGAGCUAUCAAUGGUACUGAUUUUGAAAGCAAUAAGACAGAAACUGGUAACGAUCGGUUAUUCGAUCAAUAUUGGCAUCAAACAAAGACCGUUCCAUUAUAUUUAAUAGUAGUUCUAUUUCCGUUAAUGAAUCUUCCAUCGCCCGUAAUUUUCAAUAAACUAAGUUCGAUAGGUAUACUAUCAUCUCUCUAUUUAAUAAUUUUCGUCAUUAUCAAGAGCAGUUUCUGGACAUCAACCAUUGACACGAAUUUCGAAUUGGCCUCACCAACUUUUCCGGUCGUGACUGGUGUAGUUUCUACAGCAUUUUCUAUCCAUGCCAAUCUCUUACCCGUAACUCAAUGCAAUCGUAAUCCCCAAAAUACUGUUAGAGAUCUAACAAUCGCGUAUGGAUGUAGCUGUGCGACGUACCUACUGGUCGGAAUGUUAUUUUUUAUUAAAUUUCCGUUAUCUGUACAAUGUAUUCAGUCUGUUUUCCUGGAUAAUUUUGGACCCGACGAUAUAAUGUCGUUUCUUGGUAGAUUAACUUUAUUGAUCCAGAAUAUUGUUACUUAUCCAAUUAUAGCAUUUGCUGCUCGUAUUAAAAUCAUGAGUACUCUCUAUGGAGAGAAAUAUCCAAGUUGGAAACAUGUUCUUAUAUUUAAUAUUAUGGUAACCACGAUAUGCGUUCUUGGUGCGAUGUUUUUUCCUAAUGUUGGAACUAUAUUAAGGUUUGUUGGCGCAUGUGGUGGCUUAUUUUAUUGUCUACUUUUACCCUGCGCUGUGCAGUUUGCAAUACGGAAGAAAGAAAAUCGUUUAACUGUUAUCAGCGUUCUAUCAUAUAUAUACCUUAUAGUAUUUGGCCUUUCGAAUUGCAUUGCACAAUUUAUUAUAAACUAA